UAAAUUGUGUAACCUAAUUAACAUGUAAACCGUCACAACUCAAAAAUCAACUAAUCCAUAACCGAUCGGGUCACUCACUUGUAUUGACUUGUAAUCCAACAUUCACAUGUAACCAAUCAACCUAACCAUCACCCAACCCAAACCGUGUAUUUGAGACCUUUCUCACUUUACCACUCUUUAGUCUUUACUCUUUACACAUCUCAAUGCCUAACUUUCAGCCUUCUUUUUUUGGCCACGCAGGAUGCAAGCGAAGCCUCUCCAGACCGACAAGCACAUCACCCUGAAGCCAGGAACAGAGAAGCAACAGCAGCAACCACCAUCAACCAAAACCGACCGCAAUUGGGUCCAAACCGCAAAAACAAUACUCCGACUCCUUCCAAUCUGGGCAACGCUGCUGACAUUCGCCGUCAUCUUCCAACAGCCCGCCACCUUCUUCACCAAGCAAGGCAUGACCAUGUCCCGAACCAUCGGCACAGGUAAAACCAAAUUCAUGAUCCCACCAGCAACUCUCCAGAGCUCCAUCACCGUCUCCAUCAUCCUCCUCAUGCCACUCUACGACAAGCUCCUCAUCCCCUUCGCCCGCCUCAUCACCCGGUCAGAAAAGGGGAUCAGCGUCACCCAGCGGAUGGGGAUCGGGAUGUUCCUGUCGAUCGUCGCGAUGGUAAUCGCGGCGUUGGUGGAAGAAAAAAGGCUGGAAAAAAGCAGGGGAGCGAAAACAGGGGAAGUAGUUGAAAUGAACAUAUUCUGGCUGUUGCCGCAGUACAUUUUGUUGGGGAUUUCGGAUAUUUUCACGGUGGUGGGGAUGCAGGAGUUCUUCUACGGGGAAGUUCCGGUGAAGAUGAGGACUCUGGGGAUUGCGUUGUACACGAGUGUUUUUGGUGUGGGGAGUUUCAUGAGUGCUCUGCUGAUAUGUUUGGUUGAGGUUUCGACGCGGUGGAGGAAUGAGGAGAGCUGGUUUAGCGACGAUAUGAGGGAAGCGAGGUUGGAUAAGUAUUAUUGGUUGCUGGCCAUUUUGAGCUCCGGGAGUUUGGUGUUGUAUUUGGUGCUCUGUAAGUUUUUUUACAGUGGUAGUAGGAGUGGUGAUGAGGUGGAGAUGGAGGUGGUGGAGAGUGGUCGUAGUAGUAGUACGGGAUGUACAUGAUGAGCUGAUGCAUGCUUAAAGUGUUUGUUUGAUUUUAGGGUUUUGGGUUCAGUUUUCUUUUCAGAUGUUAGGUGGUGUUUUUUUAGGGAUCCAUGAGGGACGGAGGGAGGGAAGUUUGAUAUUAGGAGUGUAAUGUAAAUAUUGGAUAUUGAUGAUAAUGAGCCAUAUGUCUGAAAAUGCCUCGUUUAAAGGUGGAUUAGACUUUCAUGCAAUCUCGUUGUAAUUUACAAAUAAUAUGUCUAGUCUAUCAGAUUGAACACUUCUGAUAGAGGUUCAUCGACAAUCCUAAAUUCUCAACUUCGUCAGAAGAAAGGGAGUAACUUGGAAGGAAGAAAGUUAUGUUAUUGAAGUUCUUUUAUAUUAGUGACCAAACAUGUGUGAUCACCCUAGUAGGAGCCUUAUACAACCCCCGACAAUUGUGGAGUUGAUAUUAGAAAUGGAUGAUGAUAAUACAUUGGAUUGAAUGGA